AUGGUGGCGACAACGAGUAAUUCACUACAACUGUUAACCUGGGAACCAUGUGACAUUUUGGCAUCGAUGCCGCUUCGAGGAAUCGAUAGGGUUUUUGAUAAUUCCAUGAAAAUAAUGAUCAAUUUCAUUUUCAGGUCGUCAGUGUGAGUAUGAACGGCGAUGAAAUGGAUCUGCUGUGUAUUGGAGAAACGACGGAACGGCUCGAAAUGAGGACUUAUUCCAUUGAGGUCGCGUUUUCAUAGGGAAAAAUGCUGAAAUUAUAGAGAAUUCUCCAUUUUAAUUAAAUUUUUUUCCAUGAUAAAAAAAUCAUUUUUGAAACUUGCAUCAAAAAAAAUUGAAAAAUUUUUCUAAAUUUAUGCGAAUUAUUUCAUGACCAAGGUCAUUCUUCCACAGUUUUUUUAUAGAUAUUUCAAAAAUUUUUUUCACCGAAAAUCAUGAAAAAAAUUCUUAUUUUUUUAAUUGGAUUUUUUUCAUGGCCAAGACCAUUUUCUCACUCUUUUUUUCGCUAUUUUUAGAAAUUUUUUUCAUAAAAAAAUAUUGAAAAAUUUUAAAUUUCUGAUUGGAAUUUGUAUCAUACUUUUUAAUGCGAAUACCGAUAUUUUUAGGAAUUUUUUUAUCAAGAACUUGAAAAAAAUUAGCCGUUUUAGUGGAGUUAUUUCAUGGCCAAGGUCGUUUUUUUCACUGUUUUUUUAUCAAUAUUUCCAAUUUUUUUCGCCGCGAAAAUUUCCAAAGUUUCUGAUUUUUUUAAUUGGACUUUUUUUCAUGGCCAGGAUGAUUUUUUUCAUGUUUCGACAGAUUUUUGAAAUUUCGCAUUAAAAUCUUGAAAAUUUCUAGAUUUAUGUGAAUUUUUACAUGGCCAACGGCAUUUUUUUUCAACUUUCAGGACCACAUUUUGAAUAUUUUUUUAUCGAACCUUGAAAAAAAUUACAUUAAACUUGACUUUUUUUUGAGUGCAAAGCUCAUUUUCUCCGAUUUUUUUUACUGAAAAAAUGAGAAAAUCCAUUAUUUGAAGUACUUUUUUAUGGGUAAGGUCUUUUUUUUUUUGACUUUAUACACAAUUUUUAAGAAUGUUUUGCAAUCAAACUUGCUAAAAAUCCUUUUUUCAGGAAGUUCUUUCCUGCUCACCUCGUGCAGACUUUGGAGAACGGGUUGUUGAAGAUUUUUCGCCUUUGGAUGAGGUUUUAAAUAUUCUCAAUUUUUCUUCGGUACCCCAUAAUUUUGAGGAGAAAAAUCUGAGCGAUGAGAUUGAGCUGUCGCACACGACGUCGUCUCGUGACUGCUCAUCGGCGGAAUUGGUAGGUUUUUGGAUUUUUCAGUGAAUUUUUGGACCGAGAUAAAAAAAAAGACCGUUUUGGUUGAGAAUUUUCGGAAAUUUAGGCUUUCUUAAGAACGCCAGAGUGGUCCCUAUAGGGGUAAGGGUGGAAAACAGCCUCUAUAGGGGACAAAAGGUCCAUCUAUAUUAGUUAAAUUUAAGUUAUCCCUGUAGGGGCUGAGGGUCUGACUCUGAGGUCCCAAAGCUCAAGUGGUCCCUAUAGGGGUCUUAAAGUUCUUGGGUGGUCUCUAUGGGGGUUAGGGGCCGAAAAAGUGGUCCCUAUAGGGGUAGAACCAAGGUAGUACCCAUAGGAAUUUAAGGUCUGACCCCUUUUCCCCUAAAGCUCAAGUGGACCCUAUAGGGGCCUCUCAAUUUCAUUCAAAAGCUCUUAUUCAUUCAGUUUUUCUCAUAGAAAUGCUUCUUCACAUAGAAUACAUAAAGAUUAUCGAGUAGCAUGACCCCUAUAGGGACCACUUUUGCAAGCUUCAGGGGUCCCUCAAGGUAUUGCUAGGAUGGUCCCUAGAGGGGAGCUUCCAAGAGUCCCUAAGGUUGCCCUAUAGGGACCACUCUGGAGUUCCUAAGGUCUUCAUAAGAAAAGCUAUUUUGCGAUUUUUUUUUCGUUGAAAAAAAUUAUUUUUCUGUUUCUUUCGAUUUUCAUAAGUCAAUUUUUGAAGAGCCAAACUGAUGCAGUGCGAACAUUCAAAGAGGAAAAUUGAACCAAUGAUUGAAUUAUUCAAUUAGAAGGAUAUAGUAACAAGAAAGAUAGUUUAAAUUUUUUAUCGGAUUUACUUGAUCACAUGAAGAGACAUUAUUGGAAAAAAAAAUUUUUUUAUCGGAUUUUUGGAUAUUUUGAGUUUAAAGCUUAGUUUUUCAAGUUCAAAAUCUUAGAAUUCUAUCAUUUUCCCGUCAAUGAACACUAGAAAGUCUCGGAUCUCCUAGACGCAAACUCCGGACGUUUCUCUGCAUUCCCAGUGAUCACUUAAGGGGGCAAACGCCGCCUAAGGGAUCACUUGAAGGGCUCAGAAACGUCGGCUAGGAAGUCCGAGAUUUUCUCAUUUAUCAUGAAGUUGCAAAGAAUCCUAAAUUCCAUUUGCGCUCCGGACGUUUCUACUGCAUUCCAAGUGAUCACUUAAGGGGGCAAACGCCGCCUAAGGGAUCACUAGACGGGCUCAGAAACGUCGGCUAGGAAGUCCGAGAUUUUCUCAUUUAUCAUGAAGUUGCAAAGAAUCCUAAAUUCCAUUUGCGCUCUGGAUGUUUCUCUGCAUUCCAAGUGAUCACUUAAGAGGGCAAACGUCGCUAAAGGGAUCACUAGAAGGGCUCAGAAACGUCGGCUAGGAAGUCCGAGAUUUUCUCAUUUAUAAUGAAGUUACAAAAAAUUCUUCAUUUUCAUCGAGGUCCAAAAAUUGAUCAGAGAUUCAGAAGAAACCUGAAAAAAAAGAGAUAUAUAUGCAGAGGUCCAACGGCUCUCACGAACGGGAAGAAGUGAGCGGAAGCGUGGAUAGCGGCUCAGCGGCGGAGAGCAGCCAAUCGAGUCCCGCCAGUCCGGCUCGGGUUAGUCCCCCCCUUGUCCUGAUUUUUGUGCACCUCCUCCGAGUCUUCAAUCUGUCUAUUUUUAUUUUUUUGUUGUUUUUACAAGUAAGAUUUUUUUGCGGCUGCAGACAGAUGGCCGUUGAAAGGGAGAGGCUCAUAAAUUGGCGCAAAAUGGCCCCAAAAAGACAGCGAAAAGGUAGCAAAAAGGUAGCAAAAAGGCUGCAAAAAGGGCUGCAGAAAGGCCGCAGAAAGGUUGCAAAAAGGUAGCAAAAAGGCAGCAGAAAGGCACCAAAAAGGCAGCCAAAAGGUAGCAAAGAGGUAGCAAAGAGGUAGCAAAAAGAGUUCCUUUACCGAGCCUUCCCUUUUUCUAGUGUUUCAAAGGUUCAAGAAAAGGCGAAAAAAGGGAGAGGCAGCAAAAAUGGUGCAUAAUAGCCGAGGAAAUGGCCCAAAAAGGAAGCAACAAAGGAGCCCUUGUCACCCUAAAAUGAACCUUUUUGGAGCCUUUUUCAACCCUUCCGACUUUGUUUUCAAGUUUCAUCCCGUAUUAAUUUUGAUAUACAUGUAAAGAUCGGCAAAGAAUACUAAACUCGAAACUGUGGCUAUUUCUGGUUUCUUUGAAACGUACUUUGUGGAAGAGUUCUCUAGGAGGUCAUUUUACUGUUUCGUUGGGAUUUUCCUGAAAAUUGGCUAGAACAAUCCUUGAUGUGCCAGAUGAAGGUCCUGGAAGUCUCAACCUGUGAAAUCUUCUAGUUUUUGAGAAAGAAUACCUAGAAGUCAAAGAAAGGCUUCAAAAUCCGUUAAAAUGGGCUAUUUUGGGGCUUCGAACCGUUAUUUUCUGAGCUAGUAAGCACGUUAUGAGCUGCGCCCGACCUUGAGCGACUUUCGCCUUUUUUGGACUCCUGACAAGUUCACUUUAAAUAGAUCAAAAAAAUUUUUCGGCCAAACUUGUGGAAUUUUCCCAAUCGAAAGGUUGAGAUUUUAGUCUCCAGAAGAAAAAUGGGGUCUUAAGAGAUCGGAAAAUUCUGGAACUUAAAAAUUUUGCCUUGAGACGAAAUCUGCAUCACAAACAACCCUGAAUGGAAAAGUAUAAUCAGAAAAUUUUAUUUCUGAUAUUUUUUGUGUCAUAAGAUUUCUUUGGAGUGACAUGACACUUCUAUCGUUGCAUAAACCUGAAAUUCCUUCAAAUUCACAGAAAAAUCCGAAAAAAGUCUGACUCUUAUAUAGCUGAUUCACAGCUAGCUUGGAACAGUAAGGGGGCGUGGCCUGUCUGCGCUCUCCACGAGCCAGGCGCUAUCUCACGCAUUAUCGUGUCAGGACCCUUUUUUCGAUGGCUCAAGCCAGUCGUGAAUCAGCUAUGUCUUAAACGUAGUAAUAAACGCUGCUGAAUGCUUCGAUAGUGUAGGAAAUCAUCAAAAUACAUAAUAUUGCACAGAAAUAGAAGAAAGUUGGAGGAUGGGGCUUCUAGAAACUAUAAAAAGCUUCAACAGAAACAUACCUCAGAAACUUGUCGUUUAAGAUACCCGUGUCGAAAAACCGAGCCUCGUCGCAGAAGCCAAGCCGAACGAGGGCCGCGACGAGUUCGACGACGACGGCGUCGAAAGUGCCGCCGAGGGCGCCGUCGUCGGCUGCCGCCAAGAGCUCGGCUGGUCAGUUUUGGAGGGUUUUUUGGAUUUUUUUGUAUUCCCAUAGUUUUUUUGUCUGGUCAUGUAAGGAAAAGGGGGGCGUAUUCAAAAAAAUAGGAAUUGGAGGGGGAGGGAACUUGGCAAAAAAACGAUAAAAUGGGAGAACCGUAAAAAAAUUUUCAGGUUGCGCACUGGACGGCGCUGGCCCAAUACAUGGGAUAGUCUCGGUGGGACUUGAAAAAAAGGCAGGGGGAGCUUGGAAAAAAUUAGGAAAUGGGGGGGCGUUUUCAAAAAAACUAGAAAAUGGGGGAGGGGUUGGCAAAAACAAGGAAAGGGGGUGGGGGGGACUUGGCAAAAAGACUAGGAAAGGGGGGUGUUUUCAAAAAAACUAGGAAAUAAGGGGGAACUUGGCAAAAAAAACUAGGAAAGGGGGGUGGGGAACUUGGCAAAAAAAUUAUUAGGAGAAUGGGGGGGCGAGCGUUUUUCAAAAAAACUAAGAAGUGGAGGAGGGGGGGGGCACUUGGCGAAAAAAAGCUAGGAAACAUGGGGGACUUGGCAAAAAAAAGCUAGGAAAUGGGGGGGUGGGGACUUGCUAAAACCGUGAAAAAUUUUUUUCAGGGUGCGCGCUGGACGGCGCUAGCCCGAUGUCAUGAAAAAUCAAACAUUCAUUUUUUGAAAUUCAAUUGAUUGGCACAAGCGAUUUUUUUUUUCCUAGUUAAAAGUGAUCGGAAAAUAAGAACCUUCACAUCCUUCACCUGUAAUUCAAUGAGUUAACUGAAAAAUAUCUUUUUUUCUUCGAUUAGUGGGGGGGAUUUUUUUUAGGAAGGCAGAGGAGGUGGGGGAGUCUUUCCACUCAAACUGGCAAAACCAUCUCUAAUAAUUAGGAACCUCAAGAUCUUUGAUUUGAUACCUAAUCAGUCAUCUACAGCCCAUAGAAGUUUAAGUAUCGAUUUAAAAAAAAAGGGAAACUAUCUGAAAAUUAGUGAUUUUUGGGGUGAAGAGUUUGUGUAAUGAAAUGAUGAACACUGAAAAAAGAUAUUUGAAGAAGAAAAAUGACAUUUUUAGUUCCAAGAAACAUCAGAAAAUGAUUUUCAGUACGAUCCGUAAGGCCUAGACCUUCCCCGUCACUUUCUGACCUCAACAAGGAAAGGAAAUCGACGUCGACUUUGUUUGCAAGUAACUAGAUAGAAUUUAAAAACUGAAAAAGGAGCUAUUGAAUUUUUUCAGAGCACGAUUCGGUCUCAAAUCUUGGAUCGACUCAGUCUCUGGCCGCAGCCGAUCGGGAGGCGAAGAAACGAUCGGCUUCUCUCAAGUAUUAUUUGAUUUUCAAAAGUGGAAGGAAUGUCACUAGUUAUAAGCUGAGAGGAAAAUUGAAAAUCGGCAAAAUUGGCAGAAUUUUCCAAGACAUAAGCUAGGAACGAAGUUCCGAACAGUUUUCCUUACUAUUCAUCAAUAUGAGCUCUCCAAAAGUAUUUCCUAGAACAUUUAAAGGAGCAUGGAUUGAUCUCAAAUAGGUCUUGAGACGAAACGCUGUUUUCUGUGUUUUUUUAUUCUUAACGAGCCUCCACUCCUCAUAGAUAUCUUAAAAAACUGAUAUAAUUUUUGAAUAUGCAUCAGAAAGUAUGUAGGUAUCCUUCUCAAAAAAUUUUUGGACAUUUAAAGGAGCAUGGCUUAAGCUCGAAGAGGUCUCGAGACGAAACGCUGUUUUCGGUGCUAUUUUGUUUUGAAAAAGCCUUCACCCCUCAUAGAUAUCUUGGAAAAAUUAAUAGAAUUUCGAAGAUGCAUCAGAAAGUAUGUAGGUAUCCUCCUCAAAGAUUUUUUUGGACAUUUAAAGGAGCAUGGCUUAAGCUCGAAGAGGUCUCGAGACGAAACGCUGUUUUUCGGUGCUAUUUUGUUUUGAAAAAAAGCCUUCACCCCUCAUAGAUAUCUUGGAAAAAAAUUAAUAGAAUUUCGAAGAUGCAUCAGAAAGUAUGUAGGUAUCCUCCUCAAAGAUUUUUUUGGACAUUUAAAGGAGCAUGGCUUAAGCUCGAAGAGGUCUCGAGACGAAACGCUGUUUUCGGUGCUAUUUUGUUUUCGAAAAAAAGCCUUCACCCCUCAUAGAUAUCUUGGAAAAAUUAAUAGAAUUUCGAAGAUGCAUCAGAAAGUAUGUAGGUAUCCUCCUCAAAGAUUUUUUGGACAUUUAAAGGAGCAUGGCUUAAGCUCGAAGAGGUCUCGAGACGAAACGCUGUUUUCGGUGCUAUUUUGUUUUGAAAAAGCCUUCACCCCUCAUAGAUAUCUUGGAAAAAUUAAUAGAAUUUCGAAGAUGCAUCAGAAAGUAUGUAGGUAUCCUCCUCAAAGAUUUUUUGGACAUUUAAAGGAGCAUGGCUUAAGCUCGAAGAGGUCUCGAGACGAAACGCUGUUUUCUGUGUUGUUUUAUAUUUAAAAAGUCUCCACCCUUCAUAGAUAUCUUGGAAAAAUUAAUAGAAUUUCGAAGAUGCAUCAGAAAGUAUGUAGGUAUCCUCCUCAAAGAUUUUUUUGGACAUUUAAAGGAGCAUGGCUUAAGCUCGAAGAGGUCUCGAGACGAAACGCUGUUUUUCUGUGUUGUUUUAUAUUUAAAAAAAGUCUCCACCCUUCAUAGAUAUCUUGGAAAAAUUAAUAGAAUUUCGAAGAUGCAUCAGAAAGUAUGUAGGUAUCCUCCUCAAAGAUUUUUUGGACAUUUAAAGGAGCAUGGCUUAAGCUCGAAGAGGUCUCGAGACGAAACGCUGUUUUCUGUGUUGUUUUAUAUUUAAAAAGUCUCCACCCUUCAUAGAUAUCUUGGAAAAAUUAAUAGAAUUUCGAAGAUGCAUCAGAAAGUAUGUAGGUAUCCUCCUCAAAGAUUUUUUGGACAUUUAAAGGAGCAUGGCUUAAGCUCGAAGAGGUCUCGAGACGAAACGCUGUUUUCGGUGCUAUUUUGUUUUGAAAAAGCCUUCACCCCUCAUAGAUAUCUUGGAAAAAUUAAUAGAAUUUCGAAGAUGCAUCAGAAAGUAUGUAGGUAUCCUCCUCAAAGAUUUUUUUGGACAUUUAAAGGAGCAUGGCUUAAGCUCGAAGAGGUCUCGAGACGAAACGCUGUUUUUCGGUGCUAUUUUUGUUUUCGAAAAAGCCUUCACCCCUCAUAGAUAUCUUGGAAAAAAAUUAAUAGAAUUUCGAAGAUGCAUCAGAAAGUAUGUAGGUAUCCUCCUCAAAGAUUUUUUUGGACAUUUAAAGGAGCAUGGCUUAAGCUCGAAGAGGUCUCGAGACGAAACGCUGUUUUUCGGUGCUAUUUUUGUUUUUGAAAAAGCCUUCACCCCUCAUAGAUAUCUUGGAAAAAAAUUAAUAGAAUUUCGAAGAUGCAUCAGAAAGUAUGUAGGUAUCCUCCUCAAAGAUUUUUUUGGACAUUUAAAGGAGCAUGGCUUAAGCUCGAAGAGGUCUCGAGACGAAACGCUGUUUUUCUGUGUUGUUUUAUAUUUAAAAAAAGUCUCCACCCUUCAUAGAUAUCUUGGAAAAAAAUUAAUAGAAUUUCGAAGAUGCAUCAGAAAGUAUGUAGGUAUCCUCCUCAAAAGAUUUUUUUGGACAUUUAAAGGAGCAUGGCUUAAGCUCGAAGAGGUCUCGAGACGAAACGCUGUUUUCUGUGUUGUUUUAUAUUUAAAAAGUCUCCACCCUUCAUAGAUAUCUUGGAAAAAUUAAUAGAAUUUCGAAGAUGCAUCAGAAAGUAUGUAGGUAUCCUCCUCAAAGAUUUUUUGGACAUUUAAAGGAGCAUGGCUUAAGCUCGAAGAGGUCUCGAGACGAAACGCUGUUUUUCGGUGCUAUUUUUGUUUUGAAAAAGCCUUCACCCCUCAUAGAUAUCUUGGAAAAAAAUUAAUAGAAUUUCGAAGAUGCAUCAGAAAGUAUGUAGGUAUCCUCCUCAAAGAUUUUUUGGACAUUUAAAGGAGCAUGGCUUAAGCUCGAAGAGGUCUCGAGACGAAACGCUGUUUUCGGUGCUAUUUUGUUUCGAAAAAGCCUUCAUCAUCAUCAUCAAUCAAUAUUUAUUGACUGCUUCAAUGUCCUUCUGAAAAUUUUUCCUAGAACAUUUGAAGGAGCAUGGAUUGAGCUCAACAAGGUCUCGAGACGAAUUGGUGUUUUCUGUACUUUUUUUUACUUUUGAACCUUCGAAAAACUUCAGAAAAAGUUUCCGAACUAACAUUGGAACCUUUGAAAGGAUUUUGUGACUUAAACUUUUUUUUUUUGAUAAGAUUUCUUUUUUUGGAUCGAGUUAUGGAGAUAUGUUAUGCUUCAUCUCGAAAUAUGGCUUCCAGAUGAAAAAGAAAAAGCUUUUUCAUAUUUUUAUUCUAAAAUUUAUACUUAGGUUUGAGUUCAACCGAUGGAAACUGGAGAAAAAGGAGCUUGUAAAAGUAUUUAGAACGGCUGGACUCGAUACCUUGCUAUGUAAGUAUGGCUUCCAAUGGAGCAGAAAAAAAGGUCCUCCGUGUGAUUUUAUUAACAUAUACAUAAGAUAUAGUUGAAUUAAUAGGCGCUAGAGAAAAAGGAGCUUGUAAAAGUAUUUAGAACGGCUGGACACUUUCAGGAUGCCUUUGAGUGAAAGUCGUUUAAGGUCGGGUGCAAAAAACCUCGUAGCAUUGUACACAAGUACGGCUUCAAAUUGAGAAGAAAAAAAUUUUUUUAUUGAACUUUUCUAUUAUGAGGCAUAUUUGAAUGUAUAGACACUAAAAAGGGCCUAAAAAAUUAUUCAGAACGGCUCGACGCCUCUCUCAACGACUUAAGAUACAUUUGGGCAUAAGUAGUUUUAAGGUCGGGUGCAAAAAGUCUCGUAACUUUGUACACAAGUACGGCUUCCAAUUGAGAAAAAAAAGUUUUUUUUUUUGAUAAAUUUUUCUAAUAUAAGACAUAUUUGAAUCUAUAGACAUUGAAAAAAGACCAAAAAAAUUAUUCAAAAAGGCUAGAAACCUUCAAGUUGCCUUUGAGCGUAAGUAGUUUUAAGGUCGGGUGCAAAAGGUCUCGUAACAUUGUAAACAAGUACGGCUUCCAAUCGAGAAAUUUAAGAUAUAUUUGAAUCUAUUUACUUAAGAAAGAAAAAAAAGAGCCAAAAAAGGACUCAGGACAACUAAACGCUUCUCUCAAAUGAGUUAAGAUAUACUUGAGUGAAAGCUGUUUUAAGGUCGGUUGCAAAAACCUCGUAACUUUGUACACAAGUAUGGCUUCCAAUUGAGAAGAAGCAAAAAAAGUUGUCCGUGUGAUUCGGCGCGUUCCGUUGCCAUGGGGCCUACGAGGAGUUCUUGGCCCUAAUCGGUGGUGCAAUUUGGCGCCGCCUUGGGUCCGAAUCCCUUCCCGAAUCGCCUAUCUUUUGCUCCGUUUCAUCAUCAACUCUGACGGGAUUCUUCUCGGAAUUUCGAUUUUGGUUCUAUUUUUUCUUCCUCUUUCAAAGUAUGUGUAGGAAGGAAGCCACUUUUUUGAGUUUUUCUAGGAUUUUCACCUGGAAUCUUGAAAAAUAUAGCUGAUUCACGGCCGUCGAGAAAAGGGUCCUGCCACGAAAAGAGAUGAGACAGUGCCCUGGUUGGUGGAGAGUUCAGACAGGUCACGCCUUUUAGCUAGCCGUAAAUCGUCUAUAACCUAGAAUGUUGAAAAAUAUCCUAGAAAGUUCGAAAAUGGCCUCAAAAUUUCCGAAAUUAGCAGAGGACGUUUUCGCGUUGAUUUUUCUCAAUUUUUUCUUGGUUUUCAAGAGAUUUUGCUGGUUUCGAAGGUUCCACGGGCAAAGUCCAAAAGUCCUUUUUGAGAAAAAGACCUCUAAAAGGCACCUUCUUUUCUUGACCUUUUGCUGAAAAUUACCUUUUAAGGAGAAAAAAUGACGUUCCGAGAAACUUUUGACAUCUUUUUAGAAACCUAGGAAUCAAAAAGAAGCUUCAGGCUCUUCUUUUAAAACCUUUUUGAGGUCCUUUGGACUUUGCCUGUGAAGUCUCAACCUGCACAUCUUACUAGUUUCGAAAAAAGAGGUCUCAAAGUCGAUUAAAAUAGACUAUUUUGGGGCUUUAGACCCUUAUUUCUCAAAAACUGGGAAAUUUUGCAGGUUGAGCCUUUCAGAAUCUUCUUAUGGGUCAUCAAGAAGUUUUCUAGCAAAUUUUCAGAAAAUUUCCGAGUAAAAUGACCUCCCCUUGUUGGGUAUAAAAUCCAACGACUCGCUCAUAAAUUUAAAAGAAGUUAGGAAAACACCGACACUGCCCUCUUGUUUCUUUGCCCUUUUUCGUCCCGGCCCUAAUUCACCUGAGAGCGCGAAGACGUGCCGGCCCGUCCCACCGCCGAGUGAAACUCUCUGCUCCUCGGGCCUCCAAGUUUAUUUAUUUGAGCUGUCCUUUGCCGAACUCUAUCCCUCAUUGUUCUUCGCGAUUCCCUACAUAUUCUAGUGGUUUUCGGGACACUAAAUGCAAGCGAUCCGCUUCCGGGAACCUUUUCCCCUGAGGAGAAACUCGACAAAGUCCUACCGGCCUCGUCAUGUUUCCACUGGCAGUCAGAAAAGGUCCGGACUUUUGAAAGAGAAGCGUUUUAAAGGAUAAAUUGAGUCUUCAAGCUUUCAAUUUUGCAGCAAGCUGUGUUAUGUUGAACGAAAAAAAGAAACAAAACGGAUUCGGGCUUUCAUGAAAAAUAGAAAUUUUCAAAGGUUCUGCGAUUGUCAAGCUGGCCGCGUUCUCCGAGAUGGAGGUCAACUGGAUCAUCCGGAUGCAGAGUUUCUAGACAUUUCUCCUCUACUCACAAGACCCUAAUGCGUCGAUUGAAAAAAUAAAAAUCCAGGCAUUCGGGGGUUCUAGUACUAGUUAUGGCUCAAAGACUGCGAAAAUCGUCAUUUUUCAAAAAACUUUAAUUUUUUUCUUCUGAAAGAAAAUUUUUUCCGGGUCACUUCUAUAACUAUAAAUGGUCAAAGGAGAGCAUAUUUUGUUUUAAAAUUGGUUUGGACCAAUUUGCUCCACUAGGAAAAAAGUUACGGUGUUUUUUCUACAGUAAGCCUGAAAGUGGGCGGAGCCUCAUAAAACCUGGUUCUAAAUGUUCAAGAGGUUGUUCACUAUCUAUGAUAGCAAGGAGAGCUCUCAGGAACAAAGAUGAAAUUUUUAUUUCAAAAUGUUUGGCAUUUUCUCGAUUUUCUGGGAGAAUGCGUGUUAAAAUUCUCAUACCAUGUUCAAAAUAACUGUCAGAGAGAAAAGAUAACUGAAUUUUGGAGAGUCAGAGAUAAUUCUGGAUCACUUUUGAGGCGACUCAAGACAUUGAAUACCUCACAAAAAUCGCCUUUUUUUCAAAAAAAUAUUAAAUUUAAAGGCUGGAAUUUUUUGACAAUGCUUCCUUCACCAUAUCAGAAGGCUAAAUUUUAAAACUCGUGCAUUUUCAGAAAAUUUUUUAAAGUUUUCUGUAUGACGGACAAGCCUAGAUCUCUAAAAUGAAACUUCAUCCAUUCCCUCUUACUGUAGCCGGGUUACAGUAGGUCACCUGCGUAUCUUAGCAUCGAAAAGUUUCUAAUGGGCAAGUUGUAUAUCAAUCGAUAGGUAAUGCAAUUUUAGAAUUGUUUUCAGUACAUACCAUAUAAGGUGUACUGUAGAAAUUAUUGAGAUACGGGGCUUUUGGUGUUUGCGAAGUUGGUUUUUUGGUCUUUUGAAAAUUACAGGGAUGGCGUGUUAAUUUUCGUCAAAACUAUAGGCGUAUUAAAAGAAAAAUCUGUGCUGGGUGGUUUAAAGGUCUCAUUAAGAAAAUGGUCUCGAGGCUUUUUAGGCUUAUUUUUGGUUCUGCAGGGCUUCAUCUCCUUUAAGCAGCAUUUUUGAAGGGAAUGUGUUGAACUUUUUCAUGAAUGAUUGAAAAAAAUAACUUUGGGGGUUGAUAGUUUGAGAAUUUCUCCUGCUCAUUGAGUUAAUUUCAGACGAUCGGAAAUCUCCAUAACCUACAUGGGAAGACCCAGAACGCCCAGCGAGAGCGAUCUGAGCGAGGAUCGACGGACGAAUCGAAAUUUGGGAACUCGGUUUUUUCGUAUUACAUAUGAAAAAAAUGACCGAAAUGCUUCAGAACGACGUCGAGAAAUGCACCGGAAACGUUGACCGGAAACGAGAAGAAAAAGGUUUUUUACCCCCUGGGAAAAAGUGCAAAAAUUGGCCGUUCAGUUGGUGCAGCGGACCUCGUCGCCCGUUGGAAACAGCCACAGACCGACGAAAAUCGGUUCGACGCCCUAUGUCACGCCGACUUCCCCGGCUAAAAAGCCGGUUAGAAGCAAACCUGUUAGGGUUGGUUUUGAAGAAGGAUAAAUCAUAGUUGGGCAAGUGCAGAGCUCAGUCAGCCAGGGAUGGCUCACUUUUUGGAAAAUUAGGAAGAAAAAUCAAGUUUUAACCUCAUGGAGGUAGUUUCGGCUACAGUAAUGCAGUUUUUAGCCACCGGGAUUAAUUUAAGGAAACUUGGGAGGCAGCCCACGUACUGGGAAAGUUUUAGUGGUCACUUAAGAGGUUCCUUAAGGACUACUUGGAGAGGACACUAAAGUGGCCACUAAACCCACCUCUAUAGUGGCCACUCUUUUGCGUUUUAGUGGCCACUAUAGAGGUUCUCUGUUUAGUGGCCACUUCAGUAGUUUUUCAUCCAGAAUUCCUUCCAGUAACUUUGAUAAUUUUAAAGCAGAUUGGACCAGUUAUGUUGAUCCGUUGACCCCUAAAGUGCCACUAAAAUUUUCAGUGGUCUAGUAGUAGCACUUAGACCUCUAUACUGGCCACUAAUUUUCAACCCUUCAGGUGGCCACUAAUUUUACUACUAUAGUGGCCACUACAACGCCAAAACCCUAUAGUGGUCACUAAAAAUUCUCCUAAUAUGGGAUAAAUAAAAUUUCUUCGAUUUUUGAAACGUAAAAACGUGUAUCGCAGCUGUUGGGUCAAACAAAAAAAUCAAUUCGAAGUGAAUAAUCAAAACUACAUUACCUUUCGUGUCAAGAUCUAACUCGGGCGUGACGAUGAUUCUUUAAUAGUGCUGCAUUUUUUGAUUUUUUUUUUCUCUUGAAUCAAAGAAGAUUUUGAAACUCAGCGCUACUGAAAGAUCAUCAUGAUCUCUGAAAUAAAAUGAAGUCAAAAAAUGUAGUUUUAUUGAAGGAAGAUCGUCGCGAAAAGGUACUGUACCCGCGAGGGCGGAGUCAGUCGCUUGAUUUUCAAAAAUUUGAGCAAACUAUACACUUAUCGAACAUAAAUGCAAUGAAGAACACAAAUAAUCUGAUCUAAUUUUCAAAAUUUUUAACACCUAUGUAAGGCCUAUUCUAGAAUACUGCUCCGAAGUUUUUAACCCUCCCCUUAAUUCUGAUCUCUGCUACAAACUGGAAUCUCCUCUCAGAAUUUUUUCUCGUAAAAUUUUUAUUAGGUCCAACUUAUCCUUUGAAUCUUACUCUGAUCGCCUUGAACAAUUUGAUAUCUCUCCACUUUACCUCAGACGAGCUAUAUCUGACAUUCUGACCCUUCAUAAAAUUGUCUUCGGUAUCGAUCAUUUUCCCCAGUUCGAACUUUUUGCCCUCAGGUCCAAUUUAAGGCGAAAUCCACUUCGACUGCGUUCUCAAGGUCAGUUUUCUAAUGAUUUUUUCUUUAAAACAAUUCCUACUUGGAACAAACUCAUUUCCAAAUUUCAAUUCAGCCACCACUCCAAGUCUUUAAAAAAUUUACUGGUCAAUCUACCAUUGCACGAGAUCUUCUUGUCUAUUCCUCCACGACUCAAAUGAUGUAUAACUGUAUAAUGUAUUUUUCUCAAAUUCUAGAUCCGAGUGAACUCGUUAGGGUUCACGCUGAUCUGUCAAUAAAUUAUUAUAUAAAUAGGAGGAAAUCAAAAAGUACUUUGCAGUCGAACAAAUCGACAGACGAUAGUGAGUACUCGUUGAACUCCUGGGACGAUCUGUACGUCAUGAUGAGCAAGGGACACGAGCAGAUCAUGGCGGCCAGUCAGCAGCGACUUGCAGGUAUGAAAUUUUUCAUUUUUGAACUUUUUUAAGCUGAAAGUUUAGGAAAAUAUUAAGGAAUUCGAAUUUCUCUACUCUACCCGAGAUCUUGGGACAUGUGGUACUAAAAAUGGAUCGUUCCUAGUUUUUAGGCGUUAGGAGAAGUUCUUAGGUUCUAAAUAUGAGAUUUUUCGUUGUAAGUAAAUUUUGAAAAAGAGCCAGUAGGAUUGAGAAAAAAUCUUCGAGGCUCUAGAAAACUUUCCAAAGCGCGAAAAGAAGCUUCUAGGCUUAGGUAGAGCUUUUUGAGCUCAAAUAAGCUUCAAAUCUUGAUAAGAAGCUUUGAAGUUCAAAAGUAAGGAAGUAAUAUCUCAAUUUUUUUACUCGAACUUUUUUAUUUAUUCAAAUUGUAGAUCGAAGUGAACUCGUUGGGGUUUACACUGAUCUGUGAAUAAAUUAUUAUUAUUAUUAAUAAAAAGCUUUAGUAAACGUCAAAUCUUGUUUUUAUAAAGCUUAUCCAGAGCUUACCAAAAUGAGCUCAAUUGGAGAAAUUUAUAUUUCCGAACUUUGAGAGCCCCCAACUUUUUUCACAGAUAUCCUUGGCGGUUUUUGAGACCAGAUUUGAAAUCAGCAUGAAAAACUACAUCUAGAAAACUUGGUCUCAGACUGGAGACCAAGUUUUUGUUAGAACAAAAACAAAAGACAAAACUUUGAGGCUCAUCAAAAACCCUGAAUUGUUCAGAAUCUCGAGAACUGCGAAACUACGUGCGAAUGCGUGGCGCUCAGUCGCUGUACUCGCACGAGGUGAGCGACUCGGAGUCGCUGUCGCGAGCCGCGAUUCGCCACUUCAACGAGGACCGCGAAUGGAGCCUCAAUGCCUGCCGCGCCUUCCUUCCCAUCGUCAAAGGUUUUUUUUUCCUUUUCAAAGUUAGCUACAAAUUUCUCCAGAAAACCUGCUCUGCGACGAAGAACAACUGCGAAACGACGCCUUGGAAGCUCUCCAGCAGAUCGCCCUAGGCGCGACUGAUAAACUUCAGAAGUUCGCGAACGCUGCCGCGUCGUCGCGAAUCGGUGUCGAUGUCGCGGCCGAGGAACGCGCCGAGAAGGCCUUGUUCUGUAUUGAGGUAAUACUGGCAAAAAUUUUAAUGGCCGCUAUAGGGUUUUGAGGUUUUAGUGGCCAUUAUAGUAGUCAAAUUAGUGGCCAUUUAAGAGGUUAAAAAUUAGUGGCCACUGUAGAGGUCUAAGUGCUACUAAUAGACCACUAAAAAUCUUACUGGCCGCUUUAGGGGUCAAUGGAUCAAACUAACUGGUCCAAUCUAAAUUAUCAGAGUUUCUGGAAGGAAUACUGGAUGAAAAACUACUGAAGUAGCCACUAAAUAGAGAACCUCUACAGUGGCCACUAAAACGGAAAAUAUUUGCCACUAUCGAGGUGGGUUUAGUGGCCACUUUAGUGUCCUCUCCAAGUAGUCCUUGGCCAACCUCUACAGUGUCCACUAAAAGUUUUCCCGAUAUAUAACUAUGAAAAUAUGGGAUAUGAACUGGUAGAAACCGUCUAGAAGGUCCACAUAGAAGCUGAAGUGGUCCCUUCAGAGUUCUGGUUUUUUUUUUUAAUUUCAAGAGCCAUUUGGGUUUAAUAGGACGGCUUUUUUAAAAUGCGGCUACUUUUUUUCGCAAUUUUAUAUUUUGAAGGUGAAACGUUAGUGAUAAGGGAUGAAUUAAGGGACUUCUUAAGGUGAUAAUGUCAAGUGGACACUUCAGGGAGAAUGAAUAGUUUUUUCACGUCUCAGAUUGUUUUUUGAGCUGAAAAAUUUCAUGUAGCCCAGCAUGUCAUUAUUUUCGUUUUCCUCCGUGCUACAGAACCCUUCCGGGAAGCUUCCUUUCAAUGGCCGCGGGAUUUUUCUUCCCAUGCGCCUUUAAUUCGCCCUGAAAAUGCUCUUUUAUUAAAGGCGCAGACAGUCAGGCAGGCCACGCGCAUUGAAAGGAAGCUUCUUGGAAGGAUUCUAGGGAAUGAUUCGUGAUAACCCGAUGCGGAGAUAUUUUAAUUUUGUGAAAUUGGCUCGGGAUUUAAUUUAUUUUUCUUCCAGGAGCUUCGCGAAUUAUGCACGAAAAGGGAUUGGUACUAUCGGCAGAUGAACGGCGAGGAAAUCGAACGACUUGACGCCGUCCUGGGCCUAACCAAACGAUUAUAA